UUUUAAACUACCCUUCAACAACCAGUCCCAACCCCAACAAAUUAAGGCUUGAAAUAAUAACAAUAAUAAUACAAUCCCCAUCGUUGUCUCUGCCUUCCCACAACCACCAACGAUGGACCAGAAUCUAGCUCGCCCGGUUUUGGGAGAGAUGGUAGGGACUUUUUUGUUGAUGAUCUGUGUGAGUGGGGUGACGGCGACCGGCCAGCUGAUGGGCGGUCAGAUGGGUCUAUUGGACUAUGCCGUCGCCGCCGGUUUGACGGUUGGGGUUUUGACUUUCUGCUUUGCUCCCAUUUCCGGUGCUCAUUUUAAUCCAGCCAUCACUCUUGCCUCCGCCAUUUUUGGUCACUUCCCUUGGUCUAGGGUAAUGGCAUAUGGAGUGGCUCAAACGACGGGUUGUGUAAUUGGAACAUAUGCAGCAAUGUUUGUUUACGACAUAAAACCACAACAAUUGAUGACUACUCCAACUCCACCAUUUCAUUCUCACGUUAUUUCCGCUUUCUUCCUCGAAUUUCUUGCAACUUUCAUUCUCAGCUUCCUCCUUUCUUCUUUACCCUAUCAACCACAAUCAGUUGGUCUAUCGGGCUUUGUCAUUGGAAUGGCCAUUGGGCUUGCUGUGUUUAUCGCCGGGCCCAUUUCAGGUGCAUCAAUGAACCCGGCAAGAUCUCUGGGGCCGGCAAUUGUUUCAUGGGCUUUCGAUGACAUAUGGAUCUAUAUUACAGCUCCGGUCAUUGGAGCCAUUACCGGUGCCUUCUUGAGCGGCGUCCUCCGCCUUCGUCCUCCGCCGCUCCAUUCUUCCGCCUCCCCUUCUGACGGCGGACUUUUUCGCUCGGCCAACGCUUAUUUAAUUUCUUAGCAAAUCAUCUCCCUUCAUCAUCUAUAGUUGUGUUAUAUAUUUAAAUUAUUUACUUAAUUUAGGAUAAAAUCGUACAAAUUUAUUGACAAUUAAAUUUGAAUUAAUUGGUUGUUUUGUAAUAUUAGUUGAAAUACAUGUAAGUUAGUUGUUA